AUGUAUGCCAAAGAAACGCCAAGCCAGGAAUGUCUGCACAGGGUGAAGCGUGACCUCGCUGAAUUCCACGCAGACCCGCCACCGGGCGUCUUCAUGGCGCCCGAGGAAGACAACCUGACGACCGUCCACGCGGUCGUUAUGGGCACCGAAGGGACGUCGUACCAGGGAGGCUUCUUCCAUCUGCUCAUGAAGUGCACGAACGCCUAUCCAAUGUCACCCCCGAAAGUUCGCUUCAUGACGACCGACGGCGGGCGCGUUACGUUCAUCCCGCACAUCUCUGCGGGUGGCCACAUCUGCCUGAGCCUGCUGGGCACCAUGGCUGGCCCGCCCUGGACCCCCGCACUCAACAUGACGACGGUGGCCGUGUCCAUCCAGUCGAUGCUGGACGACAACAUCGAUUGCGUGGACUCUGCUUUCGAGCACAUUAUUACCGGUUACUGGGCUGUCCUUUUCCGGCUGCUCUGCGAGACCAGCUGCUCGCCAAGUUCACCGAAGACUUCGAGAAGUACGAGACUGGUGGCCAAGGAGGAGCUGGCCAAGAACCAGGGCGGAAUUCUCGCUUGGUUUGGCGCAGAAAAUAAGUACCAGACGUUGUUGACCAGGUUGCAGAAGCUCAAAGAAAGGGUCGACGAGCGUAACGGAGCAAACAAAGCUACAGCCGUUUCCUGA